GAUGGAUGGAGUCGCUCUUGCGGAAUCGUUGUUAUAUCGCGAUCACGAUGAAGUGAACCACAUUUUCCAGUCACUCACUCUUACAGACUCCAACACACAUGCAAAGCAAAGCUUUACUCACAGUCGUGCAGGCCCACAUCAAACGUUUGCAUCCCCCAUAGAACUGGACGCAAACUAUAAGUUUCACGCAUGCAGCGCCCCACCAGAGCCACACACUCAAUUCAAUCUCAGUGGGCAGUGUUUAGCUGAACACCAACAGUUCCUUUCUCCAUCGGUGUCAUCUACUGAAGGUAUUGGAAUAUUUCAAAGAAGACAAGCCAAUGGAGCUUCUGGUGGUGAAAUGAACGUCACUACGCUGCAUCCCAACUGCAAUGAAAACGAUCUAUAUCAAUCUGAUGAGAGGAAUUAUUCCAUCGACAAUCAACCACCGAUUGUUCUUCAGUGUCCGCAUCUAGAUAACACGACGAAACGGGUCCAUGUGGUUGAAAAUGUAAACACCACUUGCCCGGAACACGCAAACAUCGAGGAACUUCUAGGAGCCUAUCGAAAAGGCAUAUUGUUAAAUGUGCAAGCCUUUGGCGAUGCUGCGUUAUAUCCAGGAGCCAGUCAGACGGAGCGCGGAAUGAUGUCUUGUUCGAUCCCGGAUGAAAUGUGCCAAACACCAAGGCAAUUGAUAUUGGACAAUCCUGCUACUGCAAUACCAUGCUGUCAGCUGAGGGAGGCACAAUGUUCAGUUGACGAUAUAAACGCAAACAAUUCAGAUUGUUGCUCGACGGCUAAUGACUCAAUGCUGGUCACUACACAAUGUCUCGAUGGUGGUGUGGACCACGACGCCGUUUCACAAUCGCCCCUCGGUUUGACACAUCAGGGCGAACACAAUUUGGCCACACGCAAUUCCAGGCUGUUAGAACCAAACUCAGUGAAGUAUGCGCAACAGAAGUAG